AUGGAUAAGAAAGGUAUCAAUACGAUAGAGAUAAGUGCUGCAAGGGAAAUGCAUUCAAGGACUAUAAGUGCUAGGUUUCCUCAAAGAGGAAAUGCAAAUAGUGGGUCAACUAGUUUACCAAAUUCUACUGUUUUGCCUAGUGCUUCUACAGCUGCUUCGUUCAGAAAACCUUUACCAAUGAGACAUAUUUGUAAUAAUCCAAAUAAUCCACCUUGCGCAAAUUGUGGAACAACUAUAAUACCAUCACCAAAGGCUUCGUUGCCACUGGAAGAUAAUCCACAAAUUACAAUAAAUAAUUGGAAAAUUUCAACUAGGAAGAAACCAAUAUUAAAUUCAAAAGAAUUAGAUGAUUGGGAAAGCAACAAGUUGAAAGGUUUGACUUUACCAGAAAUGAUAUUUGGUAAUAAUGAAAUUUUAAUUGAAAAUAAGGAUAAGAACUGGGGGUUAAGAUUUAAUGCAUUAGAUGCCCUGAAAGAGGUUAAAUUACAAGAUUCAGGUGUGAGAGUAUCUUAUUCAAACAAAUGGCUAGACUCAAAACAUAAACAGAAAAAAAUGGAUAAUUUAGAUAUUGAUGCUUCAUCUUUGAAAAUAAUACAUAACUAUGAUUGGACUUACACAACACAUUAUAAAGGUACUGUCUUUGCACUAAAUGGUGAAGAACAAGCUCCUUAUGAUUUCCAUAGUGAUGACAGUUUGCAACUGCCUAUAGACAAGCUUUCAAAACCUGAUAAAAUUUUAUUCUUUGACGAUAUGAUAUUAUUUGAAGAUGAAUUAGCUGACAAUGGUAUUUCGAUUUUGAAUUCUAAAAUACGUGUGAUGAAUGAGAGACUACUGUUACUUUCUAGAUUUUUCUUAAGGGUAGAUGAAGUUUUAAUAAGAGUCAUAGAUACAAGAAUCUAUGUAGAAUUUGAUGACAAUUAUGUGAUGAGAGAAACUAAAGUGUUUGAGGGCAAUUAUAAUGACAUUUUAUCAAAACACAAACUGUCACAUUCUCACGAUCCUAAGGCUGUUCUAAGGGAUAGUGAUUGGGUCGCUGCUCAUACUCCAUUAUUGAAAAGAGAAUGCGAAUUUAUAAGAUUCGAUUAA